AUGUCCACCUGCCCGGGGACAAGGACCCAGCCUCACCCCAAAGGUGGCCAGAGCCACUGCCCCCUCUCCCUGGGCGCCCCGUGGAGAUCAGCUGCCCAGGCCGGCACCGCGCCCAGGGCAGGCAAGCCACAUCCACCGAUAGCCGAGGAUGACCUCAUGGCUGCCCUGAGGUGGCCCAGGCCCUCCAAGCAGCCGGACGCCCCUCAGGGAACACCCUACGUGGUCUGGUCUGACCACCUCCAGAGGCCAGGCCCCCCUGGGCAGACCUGCAGCUGCCCGAUAUGGGCAGCCUGUGAGCAGUCCAAGGACGGGGACAGCUCCGUGUCAUCCGGCCGCCUGUCCGGCUCCUCCGGGGGGCACAAGUCGUGUGCACCUCCCCACAAGCCCUGGAAGGAGAGACCCUCCCAGUGGCUGGGGUCCCCGCGACAGCACAGGAAGAGCAGCCCCCGGCUGGAGCUGCUGAGGGACAGGAUCCGGGCCCAGGCACACGGGCAGGCCAGCUGUGCCUCCCUGGGCACCUCGCUGCCCUCCAGCGCCUCGCACACCCUCGGAGCCUCCGCACCUGCCCCCCAGAGGAAGGUCAGAAGGCUGAAGAAGCCCCCUCCAACCCCAGCCUACCCAGACUCCGGCGACCUGAGUGCGGCUGAGCUUGGAGCUGCAGACAAGGCGAGCGCUGGCCAGGAGUGCGAGCCCUCCGGGGUCUCCCAGCGCCAGGCCUCAGUUCGACGGGAGAAAACCAAAAGCACAAGAAGUCGUUCCUGCAGAAGAGAGAAGGCCCCCACGUGGUCCCCCAGCAGGGCUGCCAAGGACAAGGGAGACACGGAGAAAGAAGCUGCAGAGAGCCCCACCUCCCGUCCCCGGGUGCCCCGUCCAGCCUCUGUCCGCAGUGACCCGCAGGUGUCUGCCAACAUGCCCCACCUGGCUGCCUGCGACCAGAUGGUGACCAUCCACUCUGCCAUGGCCAUCCUUCAAGACCUCCGCCAGCAAAUCCAGACAGGGCUGGAGCUGGCCCAAGACCGCCACCUCCGGGGGGCGCGUGAGUGCCGGCCGGCCGCUCUGUGGCGACAGGAGCUGGCAGGGAGGAGGCGCCAGGGCCUCUGGACUGCGCCGGAUGUGAAGACCCCCCUCUCCAAGAGUCCGCGGGCCCCGACCAAGGGGACGCGCUCCUCCUCAGAGAGAACCGGGAGCUUCCCUGCUGGGCUGCGCUGGAGCACCCUGGGCAGGUGCGAGUCCUAUCCCCAGAGGACCUGGUCAGCCCAAGGACGAGACCCCACCUUCCAGAGGCCUGGGAGCCCCCCUGAAAGGCUGAGCUACUUCCCUCAGCGGCCCUGGAGCGCCUCGGCCGGGCAGAGGGCCUGGGCCAGUUCGGAAGACAGCGAGGCCCCCGCCCCAGCGCCAUGGCACCCUGUGGAUAGCGCCUCCUGCAUUAAGAGGGCUGGCACCCCCUUCAAGGGAAGAGGCUCCCUCCUGCCUCCCUGGGGAGGAAAGAACACCUGGCCCAGGCCCGCCCAGAGCACCCCUCGGAUGGCACCUGGGAAGGAGAAUGAGGCCCGGCUGCCACCGCCCUGCCCAAAGCCCCGGGGGCUCCUGGGCCAGGCUCACAGCCCUGAGUCCUUGCGGCAGGUCAUGCGCCAGAAGGCUCUGGCGCGACGGCAGCAGGCCCUGGAGGAGAAGGCCUCGGCCAUGCGGGCCCUGGGGCUGAUGGACCAGAGGCUGCAGGACGUCUACAGGAGUCAGAGGGAGGCCAUCCUGGCCAAGGCUGUCCCCAGCAAGGCUGUCCCCACCAAAGCCUUCCCCGUGGUCUCCCAGACGACCCCCAGCAUCGUGACCUUCGUUCCGCAUUCAGCGCCGUCCGGAGGCCUCGAAGCGUCUGGGGGCCUAGGGCCGCCCGCGCUGCAGUGGAGUAAGGUGACCUCCGGCAUGGUGCUGGGGGACCAGGAGGCCCCGGGCAGCUUCUGCCUGUGUUUGGACAGAGCUUUGAACCGUGACGAGACUCUGGAGACAGGAGGCCCCCAAGAAGGCUGGGAGGGUGCCCCCCUGCUCCUGUCUGCCAGCUCCUCCCUGGGACCCCUGAAGCUCCAGGACCUGACCCCCCGGCACACGCGCCCGGGGCUGUGCAUCUACCUGGACCCUGAGGAGGCUGAGCGCCUGGGCACGCCGGGCCCGCUGCACUUCCGGUACAAGCAGGCGCGGCUGCAGGCCCUGGAGACCAUGGCAAACAUCCUGAAGCAGAGGAUCGACAUCCUGACCUCCAAGCUGCUCAGGUCCGAGGAAGUGGACACUCUUGAGGACCUGGUCUCGGAACUGCCGCCCCCGCGCCCAAGCACCGUGCCUGCAGCCCCCACCCCUGCAGCGCCAGCCGGCCCCGGGGCCUUGGUGCCCAACAGGAGCAGAGGGGCCCCCUGGGGCAGGGCAGACAUGCCAGCCCGGCCGCUCCUCUCUCCCACCUGCUUCCCAGACGGCGAGAUGCUGCUGUGGGGCCCCCGGGGCCACCCGGCCCGCAAGCCCCGAGGGUCCAUGGAGGAGGUGUGUUCGGAGCUGGGCAAGAGGCUGGCGAGAGACUCGGCUUCCUUCCAGGUCCUCAGCCCCUUGGCCAGAAGGGGCCAGGUCCCUGCUCUGUGCCCCGAGCCCCUCUCAGCCAUGACUCGUCCUCAGGAGUCCUUCCUGCCAGCCCAGCCCCUGCUCCGCUUUGUUCAGGCUGUCUGCCAGCUCACACAGGGUGCCAGCCCCGCCGGACCCCACCUGCGGCUCCCUGUGGCUGGAGGAGAUGCCAACGGCCAGAGGGGUGGGCUUGGCCACACCCUGGACCCUGCGGAGCUGCGACAGGCGGUGCUGGCUGGUCAGGAUGGUGCAGAGAGGACCCAGCCCAGGGCCAGCAAGAGAUGCUGCUGCUCCCGCCUGCCCGGGGCCGAGGAGGGACGGGAGCGUCAAGCCAGGAAGUCGGCCUCUGCGGAGCCCAUGCAGGAAGAGAGGCCUGACCAAGACCCCUCGCUGUUGCCCCUGGCCAGGCUCUACCCUCAGGACAACCCACUCACCAGAUGCUGGAGCAGAGCCCCGGGAACAGGAGCUGCGGGCGCAGCACAGGCAGGGCUGCUGCGCCUGCGCAAGAAGGAGGAGGCCGACAAGAUGCGCUGGGGGCCUCGGGGCAGGUGUCUCGGCAGCCAGAGGAAAGAUGCCACACAGGUGGUCUUGGCAGAGAAGCUGCAACAGGCCUCGGCAACCUGGAGCAGGAGCCGCAGGAGGGGACACCCCAGGGCAAGUUCGGCUUCGGACGUUCACCUGCAGCCACUGAGGCCAGCUUGGGAAGAGGAGACACCAGGGCCGGUGGCUGGCCUGACCCCAGGGGAGGCUGGUGGAGAGCGGCAGCCUUACAUGCCAAGGACACUGCACCUGAGGAGGCUCCCUGGGGGCACCAGCACCGUCAUCGGUAGCCCAGGUUCUUUGUACGACCCAGGAUGCCUCGACCUGCACCAAGGGCCAUGGGCCAGAGGGCAGCCAGAGCCCAGUGGGGGCAGAGUGGGGCUGGAGUUUGCCGGCAGCCCCGUUAGGGAAGCCCCGGAAAUGGAAAGCCAGUGGUCAGAGGAGCAGAGGUACGGGGUCUGGGGAGCUACCUGGGCCUGUGGGGUCCUCGGGCAGGGCCUGGGCCUGGGCGUGGAGGUGGUGAAGCCGUUGCUCCCUGCACUCUCGCUAGGCUCGGCAGAGGUGUCCAGCGAGGUCUGGGCUGAGGAGAGCCUGCCAGAGCCUGGAGUGGGUGCCCAGCAGGCUACGGGGCGCUCCUUGCCUGCGGGAGGCUCCUCCGGCGAAGCCUGCCCCCCUCAGGAUGGCAGUGUCCUGCCUGAGAUCCUGUCCCCAGGGGACAAGGUGCUGUCCUAUGGAAGUGUGGCUCCAUCCUCCACACACAGGGACAGCCACCUUCCUCCUCCGCCUCCCAGCAGACAUGGGGCCACCCCCAGCACCAGCUCAGAGGACUUCCCUUCCCCACCUGAAGACAUCAUGUCUCCUGGGGGCUCGCUGGGCCCCCCAGAGGAGGGUGCCUCUGUCAACACCUUCGAGUCUUCCUUGUCUGAGGAGGAGCCUCCCGAAACAUUGUCCCUGGGGUCCCAGGAAUCCAGCCUGUGCCUGGAAGCAGGUGGACGGGGCAGAAGCCUCGGGGACCAGUUGGGUGAAUCAAGUUCUGUUGGAGGGAACCAGGCUGUGGAGGGCCAGCGGUCUGAGUCUGUCGGCUGGCUAGGCUCCCCUUGUGUAGGGAGGCAGGUGAUUCCCUGGGAAGCUCCCCAGGUGGUCAGUGCAGCCGCCAACUCGGCCCAGGGUGGCCUGUGGGGCUGGAGAGGGUCGGCCAGCACUGUCGAGGGUGGCAGCACAGGGCCAUCAGGCACCUGGCAGGGGGACCCAGCUCCUGCCCUGGACAUGGUCCCCUGCACUGAUCUACAAGGCAUGGCCGGGGCUGGGGUGGUGGACCUGGUCUCCACCGAGCUCACCAGAAGCAUCCUGGGCGACACGCGGGCUGUGUUAUGUGAGCUGGCCGCGCCAGGCAGCCCACCAACCAAAGAACUGGCAGACGCCAGCCGACAGUGGGAUCUGUGGGAGGCGGGCUAUGAAAUGACUGGCCAGAGAACUGUGUUCCCCAAGGCGCAGACAGCUGACAUCCCGGCCCACGUGACGUGCGCGGGGCCAGCGGCUCCUGCUCAGAUGUAUUGA